UGGUCGGAUUGGAAGAUUGGUUUUACGAGUAGCAAUAUUCAGGGAUGAUAUUGACGUGGUGGCAGUGAAUGAUCCUUUUAUUGAUGCUAAAUACAUGACCUACAUGUUUAAAUAUGACUCUACUCAUGGAUUAUUCAAAGGAAGCAUUAAGGUUGUAGAUGAUUCAACCUUAGAAAUCAAUGGGAAGCAGAUUAAGGUUGUGAGUAAAAGGUAUAUAGCUAUGAACUUCAACUGCACAGUUCCUAACAAUCCAAAGUUCCAAUGCAGCAACAAUUGCAACUGAGUGGAUCUAAUUUGCUUCCAUCUCAGGCACAACAACCACAACAGCAAAUUGUGUCACAGAUUCAGUCACAGCCGCAGAUGCAGCAACAGUUGGGUUUGCAACAAUAGCCAAAUCCACUACAACGUGAAAUGAGGCUUCAACCAUCAGGUCAAAAUGUAAUUGAUCAGCAAAAGCAGUUAUAUCAACCACAGAGACCUCUUCUAGAGACAUCAUCAACAUCUGUCGAUUCAGCUGCAACUGGACAUGCGAGUGGAGUUGAUUGGCAAGAAGAGGUUUACCAAAAGAUCAAAACAAUGAAGGAACUGUACUUACCUGAACUUCAUGAAUUGUAUCAGAAAAUUGCUGGCAAAUUACAGCAGGUAAAAUCUAUGUCACCUAAGGCAUUGAGUGCUUCUGUCAGGGACAUGGGCUCUGUUGUCAGCAUGGUUGAUAGGUUUGUAGGAUCAGCUCCCGGUAAUGGAUCUAGAGCUGCAGUUGGUGAGGAUUUAUUUGGUAUGACAAACUGUCGUUUACAGGUAAGAAAUUUCAUGAGCCACGACAGAACUAACGAGACAAGGAAAAUGAAGCGCUACACUAGUGCCAUGCCCUUAAAUGUCGUAUCAUCAACCAGUAGUAUUAAUGAUUCGGAAAUAUCAGAACUAGAGUCAACUGCAACAUCUAGUAUCAAGAGGUGUAAGUUAGAGGCAAUUCAUGCUCUUAAAGACGAAAUUAGGGAAAUAAAUCAGCGUCUUAUUGACACUGUUAUUGAUAUUAGUGAGGAAUCAAGUGUUGUAGCAGAUGUUGCUGAAGGAGAUGAAGGGACCAUUGUCAAGUGCUCUUUCAGCGCCGUGGCACUCAGUCACCAUAAUUGCUUAAUAUGGUUUUUUUUUCUGGGUUAUUGA